GUUUUAGGAACUUUGAUUUUUCACCGCCUUUUAGUCAGGAAACUUGAUGGCAGCGGCCGUAGUUUUCUGAGUUUAUAAUUAUCUUAAAAACUAGCGUUCAUCGCUCAAUUUUUAUACACUCAAACCGUUCGGUUAAACUUAAAUUAUAAUGGCGGAUAAAGCUGAAGAGCAAGUCAAGAAGAAGAGGACCUUCAAAAAGUUCACUUACAGGGGAGUUGAUCUCGACCAACUUCUUGAUAUGCCCAAUGAACAACUCAUGGAGUUGAUGCAUUGCCGCGCCCGCAGGCGUUUCAACCGCGGUCUGAAGCGCAAACCGAUGGCACUUGUCAAGAAACUGCGCAAGGCCAAGAAAGAGGCACCGCCACUAGAGAAACCCGAAAUCGUCAAGACCCACUUGCGUAACAUGAUCAUCGUUCCCGAAAUGGUCGGUUCCAUCGUCGGUGUCUACAACGGCAAAACCUUCACACAGGUUGAAAUCAAGCCUGAAAUGAUUGGACACUACUUGGGAGAGUUCUCUCUGACAUACAAACCCGUUAAGCACGGUAGGCCCGGUAUUGGUGCCACCCACAGUUCCCGUUUCAUUCCUCUCAAAUAAAUGGUUUUGUUAUUUUAAUUUAGGUUAUGUAACAAUAAAAUUUAUUUGACGGAUAACAA